GACGACCGGCGCUACCUGCUAGACUUUCAGAAUGCCGAGGAGAACUUACUAUUCAGGACCGCGUACGCAGCAGUGGUCGAGAACACCUUCGACAUCAGCAAGUUCAAUCGGAGCCUGCUGCUCAAGGGCCCUGUGGAGAAGAAGGGCAUCUCGGGCUUCAAGACCCGAUACCUGAUCCUGGUGCCCCGCAAGCUGUACAUCCUGUCGUCCAAGACCUCCAUCUUUCCCCGCUCCGUGCUGUCGCUGCUGGAUGCAAAUCCCCGCUACGACGAGUCGCGGAACACGGUGCACCUGGAUGUGAUGGGCAAGGAGUACGUGUUCCGCACCGAC